AGCCUAUGUUUUUUUGUUGCAGCGUGUCGGGGUAGCAAAAAAAAGUCUAAAAUAACACGUAUUCGUUUUUAAUGUAAUUUAUCUGAAAGUGACUCUCAGUAAGGUUUAAGAAAUAUUAGCACACAAAAUCCGUCAACAUUUCUAAGGAGGAGCUAGACGGUUUGGGAAGCUCUAUGCUAGUCAGUUGAUACAGUACUGUGUAUCCUCCGCGCCUAUAGGGGCGCUGACGUGUUAAUCAACACACCACUCACUUCCUGAAUCAUCAAACCCGGAAGCGACUCCUUCUCCUGUUUGUUUUUGUCCGGGCUUGUAGAGCAUUACUGGACAUUUUGUAUUACUAUGGCUGUCCCACCGCAAUUAAAAUCCAUCCAGCAUCAUUACAGAACAGCGCUGGAACAUGAUAAAAGAGACCCGGUGGUAGCGUAUUACUGUCGUCUUUAUGCCAUGCAGACAGGGAUGAAACUGGACAGUAAGACUCCAGAAUGCCGUAAGUUCCUGGUGAAGCUGAUGGAUCAGCUGGAGAUGAUGAAGCAAGAGCUCAGCACCAAUGAAUCGAUCUCCCAAGAGGUUGUGGGCAACGCCCAUAUCGAGAACUAUGCCCUAAAAAUGUUCCUCUACGCCGACAACGAGGAUCGAUCAGGUCGCUUCCACAAGAAUAUGAUCAAGUCUUUCUACACCUCAAGCCUCCUGUUCGAUGUGCUGUCUGUGUUUGGCGAGUUGUCAGAGGAGAACAUUGAGCACAGGAAGUACGCUAGAUGGAAGGCGGCCUACAUUCAUAACUGCCUAAAGAGCGGUGAGACUCCUCAAGCAGGGCCUAUUGGCAUGGAAGGGGAAGCGUAUGAUGAUGAGUUCGGCACUGAAGCUGGUGGUCCAUCCUAUGCGUCUUUUGGUGCACCUCAGCCGCAACCCUCCUCCAGUGCAGAUUUGGCAGACCAAGGACCAGCAUCUAUCCCUCCACCCAACUAUAGCACUAUCCAGGUUCCUCCUGGCUCUCACGCUCCAGCCAACACACCUGCAGAUCUUCCUCAUCCAGCAGCCGAGCCCAUGAAACCAGUUCCGGUUCCCCGGGCUGUGCAAGUCACUGACCCCUUGCCCCUCAACGUAAUCCAGCAAGGUGAUGUGCGUCUCACACCAGAGGACUUCACCCGAGCUCAGAAGUACUGCAAGUAUGCAGGCAGCGCGUUACAGUAUGAAGACGUCGCCACUGCUCUCCAGAAUCUACAGAAAGCCAUCAAACUUCUAACCACUGGCAAAGAAUGAGAGCUUUGUGUGCUUAGUUUAUCAUUCUCUAUGACUGACCUGCCCCAUGUGAACUGUGCAGUUCGACUCAAGAUCACUCAAUAAAACAUCCUUUCCACAUCUGCACUAUUACUGGCUGCUCAUAACAAAUAAAAAAAUAAAAAACAGAUAGAGAUUAGGAUUAUAAUCUAUCAGGUGCAUGUGAAUUUACCCUUUGAUGAUAUGCUAUAUGAGGUUAAAGGAAUGCAGUCAUUAAUGACUCCUGGAUUUGAAUGAAUAGAAUGAUUCCAGAUUUUCCUCUUUUCUUUUAAAUAGUUUAAUGCACUACUGUGUCUCUUUUCUGGUGCAAAGGGUUUUGCGAUUAGGUGAACUGCUUACUCUAAAUUGUGUGUAAAUGGUGCCCUGUGAUGGACUGGCGUUCCCAUCCAGUGCUCCGGCUCCACUACAAUCAUGACCAGGAUAAAGCGCUUACUGAAGAUGAAGGAAAAAUAAACAACAUACUAUUCAGUU